AUGUUCUGUCGACUGCUAAUCUUAAGCCUAGUACCGAUCAUAGUGUCGCAGCCUGGAUAUAAGAUAACACCCUUUGCAACGCACGUAAAAGUGAACAGUAACCCAGCGUAUGUAAAUUUAACCAUAGAAAUUAUAUCCACCGCCAAGGAGAGCCGCAUAAAUUUAGAUUUUAAUGUACUGCAACCGAUACACAUCCCUCGGCUGCUCAUUGUCCUGUGGCUUGACGUUGGUUCCGGUGCACUGCAGGCCCCGUUCUACAACCAAACGAUCGACGUAUGCAGCCUUAUCAAAAACCCUGGAACGCAUCGGCUGGUGCAGAUCGUUUACCGGGAGCUGAAACGGCACGGAAACUUACCGACCGGAUGCCCGAUCGCACGCACGCUGUACAAGUUUUGUGGCAUUUCGACGAGCCAGAUGCGUUUGCCCACCUUUUUUACCCAGGCCGACUUUAUGAUGGAUGUUAUCGGGUUGACGGGGACGGCGAAACUUCGUACCUUUGACACCCGUUGGCAUGGAACGCUAAAUAGAGUGAAGUGCACUGCCCCAGAACGUUGUUAGGUGCGACGUCGUGUUUGUUUGUGGAAGUCGUUU